UUUCCCUACUCUUUCUCCCUUGUAGACUUUGGAUGACUUUUUAUUGAGCGAGCUCGAUCUGUUUAUCUUUCUCUCUCUAAAUUUCUUUCAGAAUGGCCGUGGAGCUCAUGGGCUUUCCGAAGAUGGACGAUCAGACGGCUAUACAGGAAGCUGCAUCGCAAGGCCUGAAGAGCAUGGAGCACCUGAUCCGCCUCUUGUCCCACCACCACCACCACCACCAGCAGCCAAACCGCUUGGACUGUACCGACAUAACCGACCUCACCGUAUCCAAGUUCAAGAAGGUGAUUUCUCUCCUGAACCGAACCGGCCACGCCCGGUUCAGGCGAGGACCGGUUCGACACUCUUCUGCUCCAUCCUCCUCAUCCUCAUCCGCCCCUCUCUUCGUUCCUCACUCGCAAACCCUAACCCUAGAUCCUCCUCCGAUGACUUCUAAGCUCGCCGUGCCUCCGGCGCCGAUCGUUUCUCCAGAGACCGUACCUCACGCUCCGAUCUCUGCCACGGCGAGAUUCGUCACGUCUCAGCAGCAGAGUUUGACCUUUGACUUCUCGAAACCCAAUGUUUUCGCCUCCAACCCCAAGACUACCGAGCUGGAUUUCACCAAGGAGAGCUUCAGCGUGUCGUCUACCUCGUCGAUCAUGUCGUCAGCUAUCACCGGCGACGGCAGCGUCUCCAACGGGAAGCUAGGGUCGUCGAUCUUGGUCGCUCCAGCGCCGGCUGUUUCUGGCGGAAAGCCGCCGCUAUCGACGGCUCCGUACAAGAAGAGGUGCCACGAGCACUCCGACAAUGUCUCCGGAAAGUUCUCCGGCUCCGGCAGCAAGUGCCAUUGCUCCAAGAAAAGGAGAAAUCGGGAGAAGAAAACAAUACGGGUCCCGGCGAUCAGUUCGAAAAUCGCUGAUAUCCCGCCGGACGAGUACUCUUGGAGGAAAUACGGUCAGAAGCCGAUCAAGGGCUCGCCAUACCCACGGGGGUAUUACAAGUGUAGUACGAUGAGGUUGUGCCCGGCGAGGAAACACGUGGAGAGGGAUCCGAGUGAUCCGUCGAUGCUGAUCGUAACGUACGAAGGGGAGCACCGUCACGCGGCUCCACCCGCGAUGCAGGAGAACAUGGCCUCCGGUAUGGGAUUGGUACUCGAGUCAACGUGAGAAAGCGAAUAACACGAAAAGACAACCGGGUUGGGGGGGUGGGUAAACGACGUCGUAGGCUUUUGUUGUUUCGAGGUAGUGGAGGGGGGGAGGGGGGGUUGGAUUGUAAAUUUGUUUUGUACGUUAAGGAAUAUAAUAGCAGUGGUGGAAUCUCAAUUUGCCAAAGCAGUUGUUAAAAUUUUGAAUUAAGUUUGGUGGUUUGGUUAAUUAAUUAAUUUAUUGGUUAAUUUUGGUUAUUGAUCUGCCACCAUGGAUGAUACUGGUUGAUAAAAAUAGGGAGCAUAUCUGGAAAAGAGUCAAAUAUUUGUGAUUAGUGGGUGUUUGGAGGAGUGGGGUGAGCAAUCAGAUGCUUUGUGGUUGGCAAUGUCAUCAUCAUCACUUGCAGGUGGAAGAUGGGGUGGUCCAGUGAUUUUUCAGUCAAUAGAUUAUUUAUGAAGUUUAUUUGUUUGACAAUCCUGUAAUGAUAUGAUUAGGGGAAACCAAAAUCCAGAAGAAGAAAAAAGAAAAAAGAGAAGGAGAUAUGAAUCACUUCAAAAAAAAAAAAUUGAUACAAAAUGAUGGUGGAUAUGGAUGAGUAUUGGUGGGUUCUCAAUUAAGGUGGAAGUCAAUAUCUCAAUUCCAACAAUUUUCAUGAAAUUGUUACUUUGUUGGAUUAAGUCUCUGGUGAGAAAAGUAAAUGUAUUUGAUGACAUUUGAAAUCUGACACUACAAGGCAUGUUCAACGAGCUGUUUACGUGAGCAGAGGAAUUCUGUUGUAGUCCAACAAUUCAUCUUUCAUUAUGAUGCUUUUGUGACUCGAAUUCAAGACUUUUAACUUUAAUUUCAUUUGUUAGAUAAAGUAUUUGACUA